AUGUACGGCCAAAUGAUUGAGGCCAACACGCGGCCGGACUUGAAAGAGGGCUAUUACGUCUCCCGAGACUUGCCCAUGGACCACCCACAAGUCAAGGCCGAAAAGUUCGCCCACGGUCCGAACGUAUGGCCCGAGUCACUUGGAGAGCCCUUCAGAGAGACGUGCAUGGAAUAUCUGAAUCGUAUCGUCAAGCUUACCGAAGACGUCAUGGGCGCCAUGGCGAUGAGCUUAGGCUACGACAAGAACUACUUUGAGGAAUUUUGCACAGAUCCCAUGUGCUUUUACAAGCUGCUUCACUACCCUCCACAGCCGACGGAUGCGCAUCCUCUGCAGCGAGGCAUUGGAGCUCAUCGCGACUUUGGCGUCAUCACGCUGCUGCUACAAGGCGACGUGCCUGGCCUCGAAGUAUGGGAUGAUGAGGCGCAGGACUGGUAUCCCGCACCGCCGGUAGAGGGCGCGUAUGUGGUCAACAUGGGAAAUUUAUUUGAGCAGUGGACCAACGACAUGUACGUGUCGAACGUGCACCGCGUCAUCAACCGCGCAGGCGAGGAGCGGUUUAGCAUCCCCUUCAACUACAACGGCAACCCCGACUUUGUCAUUCGCUGCAUUGAAAAGUGCCGCUCCAAUGCCGAAGAAGAAAAGUACGCUCCCAUUAGCGUGGAAGACUAUGUUGUUCAGAAGUACAAGGAUGUCUAUGCUCGUGCGGGUGUUUACAAAGAGGACACAUUUGUGGCACAAAAGGCAGGCGCUUGA